UUGAUCAGUUUAGAACAACGAGAGCGUAUCAAGAUGACUUUGAAAAAUAUUCGUGAAGAUUUAAGUGUUGGAAGAAUCAAGCCAAAACAGGAGGAUGGAAUAUUCCCGAUUUCACCUUCAAGUGACGGCUCCAAAUCACCUCCUCCAUAUCCCAAUUUUGGUGUUCAACAUAACUUUUAUCAAAAUGGAAACAACGAAUAUCCCUACAUGGAGCAUAAUGGCAACAAUUUUCCGGUGGAGUCACAAAAUCAACAACAGGAUCAACUUGAAAACCGAUAUGUCCAACUCUGGGCUUACAAUUCUGCCAAUAUGAAUUCGACAUCUUUACCAAACCCACCUUUACCACUCUCUUCUAACGAAACUCCAUCAACGUUGGCCACAGAUUACAAACAUAGCAGUGGAUCACCGGUUCCAAUUGCUAAUACUACGUCAGCGAAGAGGGCUAGAACUGCUUAUACAUCUUCCCAACUAGUUGAGUUGGAGAAGGAGUUCCACUACAACAAGUAUUUGUGCAGACCGAGGAGAAUCCAGAUGGCGCAAGCUUUGAACCUUACUGAACGUCAAAUCAAGAUUUGGUUCCAAAACCGUAGAAUGAAACAUAAAAAGGAACAGAAGGCAAAAUCAGUUUCGCCUGAAACUUCAUGCGAUGGUCAGUCAUCUCCAACUAACCUUUCUACCUGUACAUCAACGACAAGGAAGAUCAAUCGUGUUGUUCCUCCUGCUGGAAUUCUAUCAGAACAGCAAGCAAUUGUGGAUAAACUUCUGUCGCAUUCGCCAUCGUCUUCGUCAUACUCCCAGCCGCAUUACUUUCCCCAGUCGGUGUCUCCCGAAUCCUACACCGUUCCGGAACAGCAGCAGAGCGUGAACUAUUCAGAAAACUAUUUCGAUCAGCCUCAGCACUUUCAAAUGAGGAACCCUGUGAUCAGUUCUUCGCAUGAUUAUUAUAAUCAUCACAACUAUUAUAAUGAAUCUUGCGCUUAUGGAUCUCCAUACGUUGGAGAUUACACUGGUUCGCAAAUUGCUGGUAAGAAAAGUGAAUAUUUACCAAACCAAGUCCUCACUUUUGAUGCUGCCAAGGCUGCUACCAAAAAUGCCCAUCCUAUUGUAAAUGUCUCAUGGGUAGGUCAACAGCAACCACAACAACAGCCACAGCCAUUUUACGGAGAUUUGACUAAUCCUAAUCCCAAGGAUUUAACAGAACUAUAGCUUUAUGAAUAACGUUGUCAUAUCGAACAUUAUUGUAUAUUUUAUGAACUUGGUAUGUAGUUAUUUAAUUGUAUUUUAACUAAUAGUAUAAGUCUGAUUUUUGUCCACAUGUUGGUCAUAAAAUUUUUAUAAUUUUCUGUACA